GCCAUCCCCGCGCGCGCCGCCGCCGCGCCGCCGCCGCUGCCGCCGAGCCCGGCCCGCGCCGCCGCCGCGCCAUGAGCCAGUUCAGCUUCGGGGCGGCCGCGCCCGGCGGCGCCUUCGGCCUGGGCGCGCCCCGAGCCGCCGCCACCACCGCGCCCACCGCCGGCUUCUCCUUCUCCGCGCCCGCCGCCACCUCCAGCGGCUUCAGCUUCGGCAGCGCGGCGCCGGCGGCGGGCGGCGCUCAGCCCGCGCCGCUCUUCUCCUUCAGCAGGCCGGGCACGGCCCCGCAGCCCUCCGGCUUCAGCUUCGGCUCGGCCGGCGCGGCCCCCGCGGCCCCGGCAGCCGCCGCCUUCCCGCUGGGGACAAACACACCCAAAGUGAACUUUGGAGCCAGCACUGCCACUCCAGCUCCUGGGAUCACGGGGGGCUUUUCCUUUGGUGCCCCCGUGGCCACCAGCACGCCCUCGAGUCAGGCAGCAGCGCCAUCGGGCUUUGCCUUUGGCUCUGCUGGCCCCAGCAGCACCAGCACGGCAAGCACUGGGACCACAGGAGGCUUCACCUUCUCCAGUGGCACCACGGCCCAGGCGGGAGCGGCCGGGUUCAGCAUCGGCACCGCGGCUCCGCAGGCCACGUCCGCAGGGCUGACCUUUGGCUCGGCCCCCGCGGCUGCUGCCACCACCAGCACGGCCACCCUGGGAGCUGCCACCCCGUCAGCAGCGCCCUUCAGCCUCGGGGGGCAGCCCACAGGUCUGACCUUUGGGGCACUGCCUUCCACAGCAGCCACCAGUACAACCACGGCAACGCUGACCACAAGCACCAGCCAGGCCCCCACCCUGUCCUUUGGGACCAAGCUUGGAGUCACAUCCACAGCUGCCACCACGGCCUCCAGCACCAGCAGCACCUCAGUGCUGGGCUCCACGGGGCCCUCGCUGUUUGCAUCUGUGGCACCUUCUUCAGCCCCAGCCUCCUCCUCCACCACCACAGGCCUCUCACUUGGUGCCACUUCCACUGCUUCCACUGGGACAGCCAGCCUGGGGACACUUGGCUUUGGAUUAAAAGUUCCUGGGACAACAGCUGCCACAACAAGCACUGCCACUGGCACCACUUCUGCCUCUGGCUUUCCUUUGAACCUGAAGCCAUUGACCACGACUGGUGCCCUUGGAGCUGUGACCUCCACAGCUGCCAUAACCACAACCACCACACCCAGUGCCCCCCCAGUGAUGACUUAUGCCCAGCUGGAGAGUUUGAUAAACAAGUGGAGCCUGGAGCUGGAAGACCAAGAGAAGCAUUUCCUCCAUCAGGCGACACAGGUCAAUGCCUGGGACCGGAUGCUGAUCGAGAAUGGGGAGAAGAUCACCUCCUUACACAGAGAAGUAGAGAAGGUCAAGGUUGAUCAGAAGAGGCUGGAUCAGGAGCUCGACUUCAUUCUGUCCCAGCAGAAGGAGCUGGAGGACUUGCUGACCCCUCUGGAGGAGUCUGUCAAGGAGCAGAGCGGGACCAUCUACCUGCAGCACGCCGACGAGGAGCGGGAGAGGACCUACAAACUGGCUGAAAACAUUGAUGCACAGCUGAAGCGCAUGGCACAAGAUCUGAAGGACAUCAUUGAUCACUUGAACACGUCAGGGGGCCCAGCAGACACGAGUGACCCGCUUCAGCAGAUCUGUAAAAUUUUGAAUGCACACAUGGAUUCCCUGCAGUGGAUUGACCAGAACUCAGCUGUGCUGCAGAGAAAGGUGGAAGAGGUGACAAAAGUUUGUGAGAGUCGCCGCAAGGAGCAGGAGCGCAGCUUUAGGAUCACCUUUGAUUGAAACAUUCCCAAUUUAAAGGAUGGACAUAAAGCCUCCACAGAAAACAGAGAUGUUUCGGAGCUGAGGACUGAAAUGAUGACCUGAUUUUGUUUCUUUUCUUACAAUAAAAUGUGUUGUUUGUUCAAAGCCA